AUGUUACUUCGUUUUGCCAUUUACUUCUGCUCCCACAACCACCUCAGCCCCUUCAGCCCCAGUACCGCACCAGCCCCCACUGCGCCAGCCCCCAGUUUCCCAACACCAGCCCAGUACCGCACCAGCCCACAGUACCGCACCAGCCCACAGUACCGCACCAGCCCCCAGUACCGUUCCAGCCCACAGUACCGUACCAGCCCCAGUACCGCGCCAGCCCCAGUAUCCCCAUGUACUUCAGUCCCCAGCCCCAGUACGCACCGAGUCCCUAGUACCGUUCCAGCCCCCAGUACCGCGCCAGCCCCAGAAUCCCCAUGUACUUCAGUCCCACCUAGCCCCAGUACCGUUCCAGCACACAGUACCGCGCCAGCCCCGGAUCCCCAUGUACUUCAGUCCCUCAGCCCCAGUACCGCACCAGUCCCCAGUACCGUUCCAGCCCCCAGUACCGCACCAGUCCCCGUACCGUUCCAGCCCCCAGUACCGCACCGCAGUAACCCCAUGUACAUCAGCCCUCAGCUCCCAGUACCGUUCCAGCCCCCAGUACCGCACCGCAGUAACCCCAUCCUGCCGCCCAGCCCCCACCCAGCCUGCGCCCAGCCUGCGUCCGCCCACCGCUUUGCCGCCACAGCCUCACCUAUCCUGCUGCCCAGCCUGCCACCCAUCCUGCUGCCCACUCCUGCCGUCCAGCCUGCUGUCCAUCCUGCCACCCAGCCUGCGUCAGCGCGCCAACCUGCCACCCAGCCCGCCGUCAACCCGCCACCAGCCUGCCGUCCAGCCUGCCACAGCUCUGCCCCAGCCUGCCACCCAGCCUGCCGUCAGCCCACCCAGCCUGCCGUCCAGCCUGCCACCCAGCCUGCCGUCCAGCCUGCCACCCAGCCUGCCGUCCACCUGCCACCCAGCCUGCUGUCCAGCCUGCCACCCAGCCUGCCGUCCAGCCUGCCACCCAGCCUGCCGUCCAGCCUGCCACCCAGCCUGCCGUCCAACCCACCACCAGCCUGCUGUCCAGCUCGCCACCCAGCCUGCCGUCCAGCCUGCCACCCGCCUGCCGCCGUCCAGCCUGCCACCCAGCCUGCCGUCCAGCCCGCCACCCAGCUCUGCCGUCCAGCCCCUGCCACCCAGCCUGCCGCUGUCCAGCCUGCCACCCAGCCUGCCGUCCAGCCCGCCACCCAGCCUGCUGUCCAGCCUGCCACCCAGCCUGCUGUCCACUCCCGCCCGUCGCCACCCAGCCUGCCGUCCAGCCUCCCCAGCCUGCCGUCCAACCUGCCACCCAGCCUGCCGUCCAGCCUGCCACCCAGCGCCACACCAGCCUGCCGUCCAGCCUGCCCAGCCUGCCGUCCAGCCUGCCACCCAGCCUGCGUCCAGCCGCCACCCAGCCUGCGCCCAGCCUGCCACCAGCCUGCUGCCCAGCCGCCACCCAGCCUGCCGUCCAGCCUGCCACCCAGCCUGCCAACCCAGCCUGCCACCCAGCCUGCCGUCCAGCCUGCCACCCAGCCUGCCGCCCAGCCUGCCACCCAGCCUGCCGCCCAGCCCGCCCAGCCUGCCAACCAGCCCGCCACCAGCCUCCCAUGCAGCCUCCCACCCAGCCUGCCACCCAGCCUGCCACCCAACCUGCCACCAGCCUGCCACCCAGAGUGCCACCCAGCCUGCCCAGCCUCCCAUGCAGCCUGCCACCCAGCCUGCUACCCAGCCUGCUGCCCGACCCAUGACCCAACCUCCUCCACCCAGCCUGCCACCCAGCUUGCUGCCCGACACGCCACCCAGUCUGCCACCCACGAGGGUCUAGG